AUGGUGGUGCGUGACGGCUGGCGCAGAACAGUGCUGUCUGUGUCACUCGGUAUUCUAUUUUCAAGCGCAGUCAUCUACCACAAGAUUUCAGACAAAAAUGGUAGCUACUUUCAUUGGCCGGUAACUGCAAAUUCCACGACUGUGCUCGACGUCUCUGCGUACAAGUGUCAACAGACUUACACUGUAGAGCUAUUGUCUAUUGACCCGCUCGUCAUUUAUCUCGACAAUUUCGUCAACGAGAUGGAGAUACAAUACUUGCUAAAAUUGGGACACCCCCUCUUCUCCCAGUCGAGAGUGCUCACGGACGGCAAAAAUGUCGUCAAUACCAUGGAUCGAAGCUCUCAGACUGCAUUUCUUCCAGUCGAGGAUCCUGUAUGCAAUUGCCUCGUUUCACGCAUGAGAUCCUUGCUGGGAAAUGUCCAACAUGAACACGUUGAGCCACUCCAAUUAGUCAAGUACGCAAAUCAGGGCGAUAGGUAUCGACUGCACACUGAUUGGAGCGAGGUGCUGCAAAAUACGACCAGCGAAACUGAUGGUACACCAAGGCAAACUCGCCGUCUAGGGAGUAUUUUUCUGUACCUGGCAGAUGACUGUCAAGGUGGUGAGACGUACUUUCCUUUUGUGGCCGGCGUCUCGAAUGCCGCAGAUGAUGAAAAGUAUGCGGUAGCAGAGAACGGCGAGGGCCUUCUGGUGAGGCCAAAAAAGGGAAGCGGCAUCUUUUGGAAUAAUCUACAUGCAAACGGCUCUGGGGAUAUUCGCGUGACACAUGCUGGGCUGCCGGUUCUGUCUGGCGUGAAGAUUGGUCUCAAUAUAUGGAGUUCCUAUUUUCUUGACUCGCCGCUUGUUGGCGCAUAA